GUGGACUAUGUCUCGGGAAAGGUCUUCUUCAGCACGGAGGCGGAGCCGCGCGAGCUGAGGAAACUCAAGUCUGGAGAGCGCCUGUUCUUGCUGGUUAAGAAACAGCCUCCGCUUGAGGCUUCUAGAGCUAGAGGGAAGAUGCUGCAUGAGAUUAAAAACCUUGUCAUUGAGGAACCAAAGUAUUGGCUGGAUGUUAUCUCUGUUUGGAGAAACCUUCAUAGGUGGGAGGGCAAAAAAGAUGAUGUCUCUCAGGAGAACCGAUUACCUCUCAAGAGAAAAUCAGAAGAGACAAAUCCUGCAACUAAAAGGCUGAAAACAGAACAAGUGAGAGAGGCUGUGUCUGAGGAAUGCCAGGUGGAAGAAGGAGAGAGGUGUGUGGUACCAGACAGAAAGAGUGAUCAGGACUGCUGGACUGAAAGCAGGACUUCUUUAGAAGGCCCUUCCAAAAGCAGUAUUGCACAGGAGAAGCUUAGCUUCAGUUUCAGAGUUUCUUGUCGUUGUAGUGGAACAACUGGCAAAAUACUCACUUCACAGGAUAUUGGUAGAGCUGUUGGCAUAGCACUCAUGAAGCAGUUUGGGUGGCAGGCUGAUCUGCGGGACCCUGAUCUAGAGAUCUUUGUACAUCUUAAUGACAUGCACUCUGUGGUGGGGAUUCCUCUCUUCAGGCUUCCAUUGGCAAACAGAGAGUAUAUCAAAACAGCAGGACUGCGGUCAACUAUUGCGUGGGCCAUGGCAUCUCUGGCUGAAAUCAGGGCAGGUGCCUUUGUGCUGGAUCCCAUGUGUGGACUAGGAACAAUACUGCUGGAAGCUGCCAAAGAGUGGCCUGAAGCCUUUUACUGGGGUGCUGAUAUAAGUGAUUCCCAGCUAGAGGGUGCAGAUGUGAAUAUUAGGACUGCAGGCUUGAUGGAUAAGAUUGAGUUACUUAAAGCUUCUGUGAGAGCAUUGCCAUGGCCUCCAGAGAGCUUCGACGCUGUGAUUUCAGACAUUCCCUUUGGGAAGAAGUUCAAGAUCACA